CCCCCGCUCCUUGAAGCUGGAAUUCGUGUCCUCAACUACGCUGGUGAUGCAGACUGGAUCUGUAACUGGUACGGCAACAAGGCAUGGUCGCUCAAGCUCGACUGGUCCGGCAAGGAUGGUUUCAGCGGGGCCGACGAUACUGAGUGGAAUGUCGACAGCGAGCAGGCUGGUGAGGCCCGCACCUUCGAGAACUUCACAUUCCUGCGUGUGUUCGGCGCUGGACACAUGGUUCCCUACGACCAGCCCAAGAACUCGCUGGACAUGAUCAACCGCUGGCUCGACGGAAAGCCGUUCUAGUCGAUCCGGGUUAUCUUUUUCCCCGCACCCUUUUCAUAAGGUCUAUGUGAAUCAACUAUGCACAGCAGCUAUCAUGCGUCCGCGAGUUUAGGUGGCAACUGUGAGAAAAAUGUGAGGGACUGCUUUGCCUGCUCUUUUCUUAUUGUUCUCAUAAGAAUCCAUUUUUGACAUGCUAUUUACUGGGUCACGCUUGGCACUUGGCACUGUGCUUCUCCUGGCUACUGCAGUCACUGCCACGCCAGCUCACCAGCAUGUUUUCAACCAGCACCAUCACGGCGCCGCAGCAUCUAAGGCGUCUGGCCGUGUGGCUAACCCGGCGAUGGUAGACAUGAGCCAGUGGACAACAGUGUCCACAAUGGAUGCAAUCCCCAACUAUCGACUGCGCGUGAAGAACCCGGGUCUGUGUGAUACCAGCGUCGACCAGUACAGCGGGUAUCUCGAUACCGCGGAGGACAAGCACUUUUUCUUCUGGUUCUUUGAAGCACGCAAGGUCAAGCGCGAAGAUGCGCCGCUCAUUCUGUGGCUCAACGGCGGCCCUGGCUGCAGUUCGUUCACCGGUCUGCUGAUGGAGCUUGGCCCGUGCCGUGUCAGUGAGGGUGGCAACGGCACAGACCACAAUCCGUUUAGUUGGAACGAUCGUGCGCACAUCAUCUUCCUUGACCAGCCCACCAAUGUUGGCUUCUCAUACUGGUUCAGACGAAGGGACGUCAAUGCGUUGCUCCAAGCUUAUGCUAACAGCGAGCUCCAUGUUUUCGGGGAGUCAUACGGCGGCCACUAUGUCCCGGCUGUGGGCAAGGCAAUCCAUGAGGCGAACAGGGAACUGGAGAGCAAGCGGUCGCUGAGCCUUCUUUCUGUGAGUGAAGAGGAACAGCGCAUCUUGCCACUCGCUUCUAUUGGUAUUGGAAACGGAAUUGUCAAUCCGCUUGUCCAGUUCAAGUAUUUCUCGACAAUGGCGUGCAACUCGACCUAUCCAGCCACGCUUCCCCAAGAGACCUGUGAUAAGAUGGAUGCCGCCUAUCCGACAUGUGCCCGCCUUUUGCGCGAGUGCUACAGGUGGAAUGAUGGGCCAUACAUGGAUACCGGGAGAAAUCCCUAUGACGUGCGGCGCUACUGCGUCGGCAACGGGCUAUGCUACGAAAUCGAGGACGACAUUGACACCUAUCUGAACAAUGCUGGCGUGCAGAAAGCACUUGGUGCUGAAGUCAAGAAGUUCGAGUCGUGCUCGGAGAAGGUUGGAACUGGGUUUUCGCAUGACGGUGAUCAUUCGAAGCCCUUCCACCAGUAUGUCCCGCCCCUUCUUGCUGACAACAUCCGUGAAAAGGAAGCAUUCAAUGGUGCCAGUGAUGAGCUAUGGUUGGUGGAUGGUGUGGGUGCUGGCGAGGUGCGCACCCAUGAAAAUUUCACUUUCCUGCGCGUGUUUGGUGCCGGACACAUGGUUCCGUAUGACAAGCCCAAGGAGUCUCUAGACAUGAUCAACCGCUGGCUCGACAGAAAGCCAUAUUGAGCACUGAAUGCUCAUACUUAUUACCAUUUUACUCCAAGCAAGGAAUACGUGGCAGCAGGCCGCUAUAUGCUUUGAAGUAUUGGUAUGCUGGCUUCAGCAGAGUCUGGAUAAUAGGCUUUAUGGAAUAAAGCAGAUGUGAAAUGA